GGAUGGGUGAGUGGACCAUUGGCAAAUCACUUAAAGGAUCCACGAUCUACCUCCCUUAAGUACCUUGCACUCUGACUAUCUGACUUGUUGGAAUUUUCCCCCAUCAACUACAAUCCUACAAAUUCCAGUCUUGCGAUUGCCAACCCACCUCUGAAAGUACCUCAACUUAGUUCGCUGUCGGAGUUCAAGUACUCGGGCUUUUUUCCUGCUUUCUUUGUUACAAGGGGUAUAUCUUCCUUCUUUGAUAUCCCGCCACCAGUCGGCCAAGCUUCAACUUCAAUGCUGCAGCAGAGGAUUUCCAGCUUCAAACAGAAAUAAAGGCCCAAAGCAGCCAGAAUUUGAAGCCAUGAAUCAAACGGCGCACACAGACGAGCCGCUCUCGUCGAGUGACAGCUCCAUGAACCAGAGCCCCAACACCUUCUCCAAUGACCUCACCACAAACGAGGACUUUAAUGGGCGCGCCAACGCCCGGACCCAGCGUGCCGGGCCAGACGGCAGCAGGAUACCGGAUGAUUCUGGCCAGGCCCUCGCAGACGAGAACAUGCCCGUACUUGGACUGGACGAUGUGCUACGGCCCAAUGGUGCGGUGCCGAAUCUGACCAAUCCGCACCGAGUCAUUGGUCAGUCGCCUGGGCAGUACGAGGACGAGACCCAGGCGGGAGGAGGGGUGAGAGCUGACUCCCUGAUGAGCAGUAGUGGUGGUGGUGGUGGUGGUCGUGGUGGCUCAACGCCGCCUUCUUGUGGUGAUUAUACACCUGCUGCUGUUGCUGCUGCGAUGAAAGGGAAAGGGAGGGGAAGUCAUAUUGACAAGGCCCGACACACGAUUCUCACUUUCGGGAAGUUCGUUGGGCCCGGUUUUCUAGUUUCGGUGGCUUACAUCGACCCGGGAAACUACGCAACCGACAUCGCCGCUGGGGCUUCAUAUCGCUUCCGCCUGCUCUUCAUAGUUUUGAUGAGCAACAUUUUUGCAAUUUUUCUACAGUGUCUUUCGGUCAAACUGGGAACGGUCACGGGAUUGAACCUUGCCGAAGCAUGCCGUGCUUUUCUUCCGCGAUGGCUCAAUUACUUCCUAUACGCCAUGGCCGAAAUUGCGAUAAUAGCCACCGACAUAGCCGAGGUUAUCGGUACUGCAAUCGCCUUGAACCUGCUGAUCCCACAACUUCCCCUGGUAGCCGGGUGCGCGAUCUCUAUGGCGGACGUGAUGCUUAUACUCCUCUUCUACCACCCCGAUGGAUCCAUGAAGGCAUUACGGAGCUUCGAAUUCUUCGUUAUGCUGCUCGUGAUGGCCGUGGUAGUUUGUUUCUGCAUCCAGCUCUCCCUGAUCGAAAAUACCACCCCUGGUGAUGUCUUUAAGGGGUACUUACCCAACGACGCCAUCACCCAAAGCGAUGGCCUCUAUCAAGCAUGCGGAAUUGUUGGUGCUACCGUGAUGCCGCACAGCAUUUAUCUCGGCUCUGGCAUCGUUCAAUCCCGUUUGAAGGAUUACGAUAUCAAGAAUGGCCUCCUGCCUCGACAACCACCUUCCGCCGCAAGCAGUAUGCACGAUGGUAAAUUGGGAGAGAAGAUCUUCUAUGUACCAAGUCUGAAGGCAAUCAACCAUUCACUCAAGUACUCGUACACUGAAGUGGCCAUUUCCCUCUUCACAUUUGCCCUUUUCGUCAACAGCGCCAUAUUGAUUGUCGCCGGCGCAAGCUUGUACAACAACCCCGACGCUUUGGACGCCGACAUAUUCGGAAUCCACAGACUAUUGUCUUCGAGUAUCAGUCCAGGUGCGGGAACAAUCUUUGCGCUCGCUCUGCUAUUUUCGGGCGUGUCUGCGGGCAUCGUUUGCACCAUAUCCGGUCAGAUGGUAUGCGAGGGUGCUCUGAAAUGGAAGAUGAGGCCCUGGAUACGCCGACUCAUCACACGAAGCAUCAGCAUCACCCCGAGCAUCAUCAUUGCUGGGGCUGCUGGCCGGGAGAAGCUGAACGAUGCCUUGAACGGUAGCCAGGUGGCGCUUAGCGUUGUUUUGCCGUUUGUAUCUGCGCCGUUGAUUUACUUCACCUGCUUCAACAAGUUCAUGACGGUACAGCCGGGCCAUGCUAGACACUGCAUCGAGGGCAGUGACAAGUCCGGACUGAGCGGAACUAACCUGACGGUAAGAGCCGCAAACGCGCUGGGCACCGCUGAGAACGGCGUGGAAACUGCUAAUGGCCCCCUCGUCAAGAUGGCCAACUCGUGGUGGGUGUCGGUGCUUGCAUUCGUUAUCUGGAUCGUUAUCGUGGUUCUGAACGUGGCCAACUUGGUGCUUCUGGGACUUGGAAAAUAGUCCUGAUGCUUACCGACGGACGCUGUUGGCAAGUCGAGAGGAUGGUAAGAUCCCUUCUCGACCUUGGCGACUAGUUCAUGGAUUCCCGCGUGCAGCGAGGUGUGACACUGGUCAAAACAAUUCCUGCAAAUCAUUUCGACGAAGGGAAUGUGUCAUGGGGUUGAGGUAACGAGGACGAUGUGGAUCUUGGACCUUCUCUUUCUGUCGUUAUCUACACAUGCCUAACCAUUAUGAUUAACCGUUCACAAUCCAUACACACAUCGAACAAAUUGGGCGGCAGUCUGACAGAAAAUAGGCGUACAUACUCCACAAUCGAAGGAGCAGUCAAAAUUAUUGACGUAUCAUCACAUGGGUUCGCCAACAUACCUUCUAAAGGAGUGUCUUAGUUUAGACCAAACAAAAUAUACUCCAACUUCUGCUUGCAUUAUCCAGUCUACGCCUGGAAUGCACUCUGGCUUCGGUACCAUCUGUACA